ACUAUCACCUUUCAGAAAAAAAUCUAAACAAACAUCAUCUCUCUCUCCUUAUAUGUUCUCCCUAAUCUCCACACCACCAUAACUCCAAACAACAAUGGCACACAAAGAUGCCAACCACCACCACCACUACCACCACCUCCUCCUCCUCACCACCAUCGUCCUCCUCUCCACCACCACCACCACCGCCGAUGACUCCACCGUCAUGUCCACCUUCCAAACCACCCUCUCUCCACCCCCAUCCUCCUGGAAAACCUCCACAGAUUUCUGCACAUGGGAAGGAAUCAAAUGUGAUAACUCCAACCGUGUCACCUCCAUCAACCUCCUCUCCCAAUCCCUCACCGGAUCUUUACCACCAACCCUCAACCAACUCACCCAACUCAAAACUUUAUCCCUACAAAAAAACUCACUCUCCGGCGACCUACCCACCUUAUCAAAUCUCACACUUCUCACAGAAGUCUUUCUAGACUCCAACAACUUCACCUCAAUCCCUCCAGAUUUCUUUCUUGGUCUCUCAAAUCUUCAAACUUUUAGCAUCUCCGAUAACCCAAAUCUUAACCCAUGGGAGAUCCCAACCGAUCUUACUCAAAUCACUAAUUUACAAUCGUUUCAAGCGAGUAACGCCAACAUCAAAGGCUCAAUCCCGGACAUCUUUUCCAGUUUUCCCAGCUUGCAGUCUUUAAGGUUGUCGUAUAAUAAUCUUACUGGGAGUUUGCCCAGUAGUUUUGGUGGGUCGGAUAUUCAGAAUCUGUGGUUGAAUAAUCAAGAUUCUGGGCUUUCAGGUGAUGUUAGUGUGUUGGCUUCCAUGACACAGUUGUCGCAAGUUUGGUUACAAGCUAAUGCUUUCACCGGUGCUAUACCGGAUCUGUCGAAUUGUACUAAUUUAUUCGAUUUGCAACUUAGGGAUAACCAGUUUACUGGGGUGGUUCCGCAGGGGGUUAUGUCUUUAGAUAGUUUGAAAAAUGUUACUUUGCGAAACAAUAAGUUACAAGGUCCAAUGCCUGUGUUUAAAGAUGGGGUUGAGGUUGAUAUUAGUUCGAAUAGUUUUUGUUUACCGACUCCGGGACCUUGCGAUCCGCAGGUGACUGCGCUUCUUGAGGUUGCUGGAGCAGUCGGGUAUCCGAUGUCAUUGGCGGAAUCUUGGACGGGUAAUGAUGCUUGUAAUGGUGAUUGGAGUUUUGUAAGUUGUGAUUCUUCUGGGAAGAAUGUGACCAGUUUGAACUUUGGAAAACGGAAAUUUUCAGGUACUAUUUCGCCUGCGUUGGCGAAAUUGACUUCAUUAAGGAGUUUGUCAUUGAAUGAUAAUAAUCUCACUGGUUCAAUCCCUAAAGAUUUGACAUCGAUGCCGAGUUUACAAUUGUUUGAUGUGUCAAAUAAUAAUCUUUCUGGUCCUAUUCCAGAAUUUCCAAAAUCUGUAAGGUUUUCACAUGAUGGUAAUCCCCUUUUAGGUCAAACUAUUCCUAGUGGAACCGACGGACCGCCUGGGUCUGGACCCGGAUCGGGUGCACCGGGUGGGAGCCCAUCUGGUUCACCAAAAGGGUCAUCGGUUUCAGCCGGAACGAUUGUGGGGAUUGUUGUUGGUGUUAUUGUUUUUAUCGGGAUUGUGUUGUUUGUGUUCUACAAAUGUUGUGGUAAAAAGAAACACCAAAGGUUUGGUCGUGUUGAGAAUCCGGAGGUUGGUAAGGAGUUGAUGAAGCCGAGCGUUGUGGGCAGUAGUUCGAAUGGGUAUGGCGGCGGGCUUAGUGAGUUGCAGAGUCAAAGUAGCGGUGAUCAUAGUGAAAUGCAUGUUUUUGAAGGUGGAAAUGUUAUAAUUUCGAUUCAGGUUCUUAGACAGGUGACUAACAACUUUAGUGAUGAUAAUGUUUUGGGAAGAGGUGGAUUCGGGGUUGUUUACAAAGGCGAGUUACACGAUGGAACGAAGAUCGCGGUUAAAAAGAUGGAGUCAGGUGUUAUGGGGACCAAAGGGUUGAAUGAGUUUCAAGCUGAGAUUGCGGUUCUCACCAAAGUUAGACAUAGACACUUAGUGGCUCUUUUAGGCUAUUGUAUUGACCGCAACGAGCGGCUUUUGGUCUAUGAGUACAUGCCACAAGGAACAUUGAGUCAACAUUUGUUUGAAUGGAGCGAGCAUAAGACACCUCCACUUAGUUGGAAACAAAGGGUUUCGAUAGCGUUGGAUGUGGCACGCGGGGUUGAGUAUUUGCAUAGUUUGGCACAAUCGAGUUUUAUUCAUCGGGACUUAAAACCGUCUAAUAUCCUUCUUGGUGAUGACAUGAGAGCCAAAGUUGCUGACUUUGGAUUGGUUAAAAAUGCUCCUGACGGGAAAUACUCGGUUGAGACGCGACUCGCUGGAACGUUCGGUUAUCUUGCACCCGAGUAUGCUGCUACAGGGAGAGUGACAACAAAGGUUGACGUUUUCGCAUUCGGGGUGGUGUUGAUGGAGUUGAUAACGGGCCGAAAAGCCUUAGACGAGACCCUACCCGACGAAAGGUGUCAUCUAGUGACAUGGUUUCGACGAGUCCUAAUCUCAAAGGAAAACAUAUUAAAGGCCAUCGACCAAACUCUUGAGACCGAAAACGAAGAAACACUAGACAGCAUAUCAAAGGUGGCGGAGCUUGCAGGCCACUGCACGGCCCGCGAGCCGUUUCAGAGACCCGACAUGGGUCACGCGGUUAACGUGCUGGGCCCUCUUGUGGAACAAUGGAAACCUUCUCGGCCCGAAGAAGAAGACGGGUAUGGCAUUGACCUCCAUAUGAGCCUUCCUCAAGCCCUUCAAAGAUGGCAAGCCGACGAGGGUACUUCUAGAACGUUUGAUAUGUCAUUUACCCAGUCAAGUAUUCCCUCUAAACCUUCGGGAUUCGCUGACUCAUUCGACUCGAUGGAUUGCCGAUAAACACACUCAAUUUCUUGAUAUUUAUUCAUUUUUUUCUACUAAAAAGGUUAAAUUAAACUGAAGUAUGUUUUUCUUGUUUGUAUGUUGAUCAUUUCUGGUGUUGGAAACAUGACCAUUUUGUGAUCUUUAGGUUGCUUGAAUGCUCUGCAUUAGAUAGUUGUACUAUAUGCAUUAAAGGUUAUACCUACCGCAAUUGUAAGUUUGUAACAUGUACAUUGUGCUUUGAGAGUUGUAAGUUACUUUGGGUAUAACCAAAUACAAGGAUUUAUGUUGCUAUGACUU